AUGUCAGACGACAUGGAACGCGAGCUCGAUCGUAUUCUGGAUGAAGAGGUCGCUCGAGACAGCAGGAUGGAAGAGCUGCACCAAGAGUUGUCUCAGCUCAGGGCACAAGUGAUGCAGUUAACGCAGCAGAAUCUGCAACAGGUAUUAUAUACGGUUUCUCAGUGUACCCUAAGCGUUGCAAAUCUGCGAGACGUGCCCAAACAGAUAGCAUCCUUGUUCAGGGAAGGCAAAAUUGUCUCACCUGAAGACGCUGAAAACGAGCUCACAAAGCUCCUUACAUCAGAGGGCGACGCAAUACUCCUGGCGCUAGAUCCCUUGAGCGAAACAGCUGCGAGGGUCAAGGAAAUGGCGUCCGAAACACAUGCAAAACACAGUGAGGAGCUAUCCCCUAUUUUUGAUCAGGCAGAACAUGACGAUCAUUGCAUGCGCACGCUUUCGAAAUUGUUACGCGUCCAGUCCACAGAGGUGAUUGGGGCAGUGAAAACUCUAGUCAAGAGACACCAAGUGGUGGCUAGAACACAAAUACCAUGUUUUGGUAAAAAGAUACUGCCAGCUAGAACACCACUAACCUUCAACAAUUUCGACAAUAGAGAGACGUGCAUAUUGCAGGGCACUUCGACUACGGCGCAAAGUGAAGCGCAGUCGACUCCAAUGGAGACAGAACAUGGCGAAAAUGAACACGACAGAUUUCGCGAGGCUUUCCGCCUACUCAAUGCUAAAGACCAUACGACAGAAGCUGGACUACCGCCAAUCGAAUUCGAUGCAGUGAAUGCGGCCAAAGGUAGGCUUUUGUCACAGCAAGACGAUUCGCCUGAGUUCGCUCGCCUCAAACGUACUCUGACUGAGAACCAAUUUCAGAGGAACAGCGACGUGAACGAGCCACGACACACCAUGGUGCUACCCUCUCCAACCAGGGGCAACCCCCCAAGAGGUUUGUCUCCAGAAUCUCGUGAAACAAGUUCAUCUUUCACAUAUGGGAUUGGGACGACAUUAGCUGCCAUGGCACUUCCGGAGGUCAAGAACUUUAGUGACCCAGACGGGAAAGGUUUUACCGAGUUUGUGAUGUCCUUUUCAAUGAACUAUGUGCGCAAUCCAUCUCCACGGCAGUACAUUGUCCAACUCGAAAAGCCUCAGACAGCUAGGCGCAAGACCGACAAUCACUCACGAAGCUUAGAAUGCCGGAUCUGUCCCAUGGUGAGAGCUAGUGAAUUGAUCUCGCAGCUCACUAAUUGGCCAGAGUACUUCCAACUAUUCGCCGUGAUGGAGGCUGCAGCACCGUACGAGGUGUACGAAAAGCUCAAGAAUCUGGCACAGGGCAUCGAAAGAAGCAAAAGAGUAGCUGCGGCGAAUGAAAUCAGCUACCGAAUCAAAACAGUUCGAGGAACGAAGGAGGCCGUCGCGAGCCACGGUGUUUUCGAGAAUCAAGGACAAAACUAUCCAAGAUGGAAAUGUCCAAGAUCGACAUCACCACAAGGAGCAAGGUCAACAAAGUUAGAAAUAACGCAGAAAGGUGCACAGUCGCAGCAGCGGACACUAGACUUUGCAGAAGAUGCUAUAGGGACACGACAACGAGAAGACGAGAUGUUCGGCAAGAAAACCAUGUGCAGAGUAGAACUGCUGGGUUUUACUAAAGAGGCACUCGUCGACACAGGAUCUCAACCGAUGACAGGGACGAACCAUCAAUCAGGAGGCAUGCAAGCGUCGUCGUGCCACAACAAAGUACGAACUGUAGCCACGCAAACAGAUCCGCACAAGAACACCAAACGGAGGAAGUCAAUCAAAUGCAAAAGUGAGAAUACCGUGCCAGAAGAGAACACAGCGCACAGUGCUGUUGUAGCCUCGAGGGUCUAUCUCAGACCGGGAGAAACAAAAACGGUGUCAUUAAAAAAGGACUCUUCCGAUUCGGCUCAAAUACUAUGGUCAGAAUGUGAUCUGAUACCUCAUGCCGUUUGCGGGUGGGGCGAAACCGUCAAGUUACCAAUAACCAAUACAACAGAAGAAGCCAGAGUCUUCCAAGCGGGAGAAAAGGUUGGCUUCUGGGACCAAAGGGCGAUCGUAGAAAAGGCAUCACUGGAGUGCGCAAAUAUGCUCGAACGCACUAGUCCACCAAUUGCCGAUCGCUGGAAUAUUCUCGUCGCACUACUCCGAGCCAACAAAUCGACAGGAGAUUUGGGUGAACUAUUAGGCGAGAAACUGCGACAAUAUCAUGAUGUAUUUGCGGUGGCGGAUCAAGAGCUUACCCAGACGCAUAUAGUUGAGCAUGACAUCGAAACAGGCUCUGCGAAACCAAUAAAACAGAAAGCUCGGCCAAUACCGCUGGCAGCGCGUGCAGAACUGCGCAAGAUCCUAAUAGAUCUUAAAGAACGAGACAUUAUUGAACCAAGCACCUCUCCAUGGUCGUCGCCUAUUGUGCUGGUGCAGAAGAAGGAUGGUUCCCUGCGUUUAUGUGUCGACUAUAGGAAGCUCCGGAAGUUGCCAGCAGGCGUUGAUGACGAACCUGUCAUCACUUCUAAACACAGGGCAAAGAGGGGUAGACCUAAGAAAACGGAUGUGCGGAUGUCAGCUAAUGCAGUUUCUUUCAGGGUCGAAGUUGGAGAUCCGCGUUUCGAUCCACUGCACCUGCUCUUCCCGUGCCAGUGUGGGAUGUUCAACACACGUGCGCAAGUGGGCCUGCCUGGUCUGCGUUGUGAUCUCGCUCGUUCUAAACCUGUCAAAAAUCUUUUCGAACUAGCUAAUGUCGCCUCAAUUGCUUUGCACCCUCACUGGGGGGACGACCGGAAAGAAGCCGAGCUUCUGAAUAAGGAGUCGCGCUAUUUGACAAUCCAUGGUCUUGCGACGGCAAUACAUGCGCACAGCAAGUUCUGUUUCGACUACGCAUCCGCCUUGAAAGCACACGAGGACGUGGAACUGUCUCACCCUCCGUUGUUCACGACGAGUCCCGGCUACGACAUCGAGUUAUACUAUCGCAUGGCAAUGGCACGACGCUUCCAGGUCACGUCGCAGUCGUCGGAUGAUGACAUGCCAGGAAAUCCGAUAAUGAUAGCCCUACCGAAGCAGUUUGGGAAGGUCCUUACUGAAGUUCUGGAGCCACCUGUGGUGAAAUUCAUCGUGUACUCGCACUUCGGAGAUUUGGCGGACCAGUUGCAAAAGCAGAGCAUAUCUUCUGCGUUGGUUUGGGUGUGGCCGAAUGAGGUACCUAAUACGCAACACAUGCUUCUCGUCCAACACGCAGUGGAAAGGCACCUGCAGUGUGGGGGAACAUUGGAGCUAUUCCCUCCCCCGUUCGAGCUGAGUCGUGAAUCUGACUGGAGGCACAUCGGGACGGUGUGCAGAAAGAUGGCCGAGUUUUUAUCGGGACCCGCGAGAGGUUUCGAUGCAAGGAUCGUCGAUUUCUACAGUACGAUCGGAGAAGAGGUGCCCAUAAAACAUCCAGCGGUGAGCCUGGGAGUCCGUCCCAGGAAGGGAGAGGACCGUCUGAUGGGCUGGCAGUGCCAGGUAUUUCUCCAGCAGAUCGCCGAAAUUACGUCCAAUCUACUUGUACUGCCGAAGUUCGAAAUGGCACCAAGGAAACCCGCAAAGGACCAGCCGACGACCAGCAACGUUCCAGCCGCGCCAGAAGGAACAAGAAAGCGCAAAGGUUUCGACGUCUACUUAUCAUCAUCAGCGACGUCAACAGAUUAA